AUGGUUUCAGCUUUUGGAUUACUUGCCAGUACGGCUUUGGCGUCAAGCGUUGCUAAAGCGGCGCAGGUGUUUAACGUAGACAUCGACUUCAAAGAUGACUUAGACGUUUUCUACUAUUUCCGUCAGGACAACGAUUUAGUUUCCGUCCAACCUAACGACAGCGGGUUGCUAGUGACCGUCAACGCGGACAACGCUUGCGAAAUCUUACAGUCGGGCAUGGUCGUCUACAACGUGGACGGCGGAAGCGCAAACACUUUGCUCACGUGGAACCAGUACGACGUCUUCCACUUGGUGGACGGCCAAGGCCAAGAUCUCACUUGGUCGAGCGUGAAUGUUCAAUCGUGCGGUAGCGGCACGCCUGCGACUUCUGGUUCCAUGAGCGCGGCCCAGACAACGAUGACAACGACUAGCGGUGGAGUUGUUCCCGUGCAAUCCAGCGUGGGCUCUUCCGUGACGACCCCGACUUCCGUGAUCGCAACCACUAACGUCGCUGCGUCGACAGGUGUGGUUUUGACCUCUUCUAUGAUCACUACCGCGGUAAGCGGCCAAGUGACCGAGUACCCCACGUUUUACCCAGUUUCCACCAUUGGCUGCACCAACGGCUCGCAAGCACUAUCGGUUGCUACCGUGACAACCUCUCACACGUACACUGUCGGACAAACCAUCACCUACUGUGGUGGAGAAGCAUGCUACGCUUCUGUAGUCACAUCCGUUGAGACCGGAAGCGCAAUACCUGCUACCGGGGCUGCAGCUCCAAGCAUCACGACGUCCGCAUCUCCGGGCAGUUCAGCAUCUCAGGGUCAAGCUGCAAGCUCAGCAUCGCAGGGUCAAGCCUCUACCCCAGCGUCAUCUGUCACGGCCGCCGCGCCUGCUUCGUCUGGCAGUGGAAACACCAAGACUGGCAGCGUUACCGCCGCCAAUGAUGACUCAAACGUCGAGACCGCCAGCACCGUAAUCCAACGUCCGUCUAGCGUAACUACUGCUACGACUUCCGGUAGCUCUGGACAAAUCGUUUCUGUCAGCAGCUAUGAAGGUGCUGCCAACGCUAUCGCGAGCCCAGGCCGUAGUCUCCUUGCGCUGGCCGCCGCUGCGCCGGCUUUGAUGGGCGUGCUUCUGUAA